GAGGCGGGACGUGCUGGUGAUGAUGAUGAUGCCCUUCCUCAGUGGUGAUGCACAUGUCGUCGGGUGCACAUCCUUCUGCACCUUCUUCAUCACUACCACCACCAUCAUCAUCAUCUCAAUCAUCAUCAGUCGGAGAUCACAAGUUGACCGACUGCUGAUUGGAAAGAAUUUCUAUGUGGCCCCAGAGUGGAAGAGAGAGCACCAGAGAAUAUUGGUGAACUAGCGCUUUUGCCUGCAGCCGUCCUUCGUGUGCUCUCCAGGUAGCGCCGCCAUGUCUCGCUUCUCCUCACCCGCCCCGGCCCUCCUCCUCUUCGCCCUCCUCUUCCUCUCCUCCGUGCCACCCUGCCGAUCCGAGUCCCAGCGUGGGUCGGCGGUCUCGACCUCCGUGCUGCCCUCCUCCCUGCCUUCCGCCGGGCCAUAUGGAAAUAGCAGCGUCCCAGCCAAGGGCAAGUGCGAUGACGUGACGGUGUGCAAGCCGGGCAUCCUGUUGCCCGUCUGGAGACCCAACCGGCCCGGCAUCGGGGACCAGAUCGCCCGGGCGGUGGUCUACUUUGUGUCUCUCAUGUACAUGUUCCUGGGGGUGUCCAUCAUCGCUGACCGCUUCAUGGCAUCCAUCGAGGUCAUUACAUCACAGGAGAAGGAGGUGACCAUCACCAUGCCAAACGGGGAAACAUCAGUGGCAACAGUUCGAAUCUGGAACGAAACGGUGUCGAAUUUGACGCUAAUGGCUCUGGGCUCCAGUGCACCAGAGAUCCUGCUGUCAGUCAUAGAGGUGUGCGGUCACGAAUUCAGGGCCGGCGAAUUGGGACCGGGCACCAUCGUGGGCAGUGCCGCCUUCAAUAUGUUUGUGAUUAUUGCCAUUUGCGUGUGGGUCAUCCCAGAGGGCCAAGUGCGCAAGAUCAAACACUUGCGGGUCUUCUUCAUUACCGCUUUCUGGAGCAUCUUUGCUUACAUCUGGCUCUACCUCAUCCUGUCCGUCAUGUCGCCCGGUGUGGUCGAGGUAUGGGAGGCCUUGGUGACCCUACUGUACUUCCCAGUGUGCGUCAUUCUGGCCUGGAUCGCCGAUCGCCGUCUUCUCUUCUACAAAUACAUGGGCAAGCGUUACCGUGCCGACAAACGUCACGGCAUCGUCGUGGAGAUGGAGGGAGACCUGACGCCCAAUAAGGGCGGUAUGGAGAUGAUUGGCGACAGCAAGUUGCAGCCAUGCGGAGGAUCUGUAGUCCCUGCCGAGAACCACGGCGUAGAUGGUUCAGCUGGCAAUAAUGUGGGCGCGGCUACAGCUGGGUCCUUGUCCACCGGCGUUGGAGGUACCCUGCCCAAUUCCAACAGCGCUUUGGUCAAUAUGGAGACCAGUCGGGAGCUGGAUGAGAGCCGCAAGGAGGUCAUUCGCAUCUUGAAGGAGCUGAAGCAGAAAUAUCCAGACAAAGAGCUGGAUCAGCUGAUGGAGCUAGCUAACUACUACGCCUUGCUGCACCAGCAGAAGAGCAGAGCCUUCUACCGCAUACAGGCCACACGCAUGAUGAUCGGAGCCGGUAACGUUCUGAAGAAACACGCUGCGGACCACGCUCGCCGCGCUGUGGUCACCGACGAGGAGGCGCCAGAAGAUGACGACCUGGACGAGUGCAGCCGCAUCUCUUUUCAAAGCGCUCACAGCCAGUGCAUGGAGAACUGCGGCAUCCUCACGUUGGCUGUUGUAUGCCAAGGGGGCCUGGGAGAAAACACCUUCUACGUGGACUACAGGACUGAAGACGGCUCAGCCAACGCCGGCUCUGAUUACGAGUACAGCGAAGGAACGCUGGUGUUCAAACCGGGAGAGACUCGUAAGGAAAUCAAGGUCGGCAUUAUCGACGACGACAUCUUCGAGGAGGACGAGCACUUCUUUGUGCGGCUGCUCAACCUGCGGGUUGGCGACGCAGAGGGGAUGUUCGAAAGCGACGAGGCGGGCGCCGCGCCCAAAGGCCGACUGGUGGAGCCCCUGGUGGCCACGGUGACCAUUCUAGAUGACGACCACGCCGGCAUCUUCACCUUCAGCGAGCGUAUGGUGCGCAUUAGCGAGAGCGUGGGCACCAUGGAGGUGACGGUGGUGCGCAACUCGGGUGCCCGCGGCACUGUCAUCUUGCCAUACCACACCGAGGCGGGCACCGCCAAGGCGGGGGAGGACUUUGAGGACGCGCAGGGCGAACUGGAGUUCACCAACGACCAGACAACUCAGACGCUCCAGGUGAGGAUAAUCGAUGACGAAGAAUACGAGAAGCAUGAAAACUUCUUUAUCGUCUUGGAGGAACCACGCUGGCUGAAAAGAGGCAUUUCAGCUCUUCUACUCAGCCAAGAAGGGUCAGAGGGCCAACUGAGCGCUGAGGAGGAGGAGGCCCGAAGGAUUGCCGAGAUGGGAAAGCCCAUCCUGGGGGAGCACAGCCGUCUGGAGGUGGUCAUCGAGGAGUCCUAUGAGUUCAAGAGCACUGUGGACAAGCUCAUCAAGAAGACCAACUUGGCGCUGGUCAUUGGUACACACUCCUGGAGGGAACAGUUUGUGGAGGCUGUCACUGUGAGCGCAGGUGACGAUGACGAGGAAGAGGGCCGCGAGGAGCGCCUGCCCUCCUGCUACGACUACGUCAUGCACUUCCUGACCGUCUUCUGGAAGGUCUUGUUCGCCUGCGUUCCACCUACCGAGUACUGGAACGGCUGGGCCUGCUUUAUGGUCUCCAUCAGCGUCAUCGGCCUGCUUACUGCCAUUAUCGGGGACCUGGCGUCGCACUUUGGCUGCACGGUGGGACUGCGAGACUCUGUGACCGCCGUUGUUUUUGUGGCCCUGGGAACGUCCAUUCCUGACACCUUUGCCAGCAAAGUGGCCGCCGUCCAGGACCAGCACGCAGACGCCUCGGUGGGCAACGUGACAGGCAGCAACGCCGUCAACGUUUUCCUCGGGAUCGGCGUGGCCUGGUCGGUAGCCGCCAUCUACUGGAAGAGCAAGGGCAAAGAGUUCCUAGUAAAGCCGGGCUCUCUGGCCUUCUCCGUCACGCUUUUCACUGUCUUUGCGUUCAUCUGCAUGGGUGUGCUACUAUUCCGGCGCCGGCCCUCCAUUGGAGGUGAGCUGGGAGGGUCUCGACAGUCUCGUAUCCUCACUAGCCUGCUCUUUCUGGGCUUGUGGUUCCUUUACAUCCUCUUUUCCUCCCUGGAGGCUUACUGCCACAUACCGGGGUUCUAAACAGGAGACACAUGCAGGACACAUUUGGACACACUGCAGGUCUAAAGCAGGGGUUCUCAAACUUCUUGGGUCCAUUUUUCCAAGGAGCUCUUUAUAAUCCUAAUGAUACUUAGAGAUAAUUACCAAACGUACGCCUGAAUCCCCAAAAAAUUCAGGAAUUGUAAUGACAUCAAAACAAAGUCAUAUUUUGUUGGGAUGAACAGGUGUAACGCUACAUAAACAAAGUUUUCUCCAACACCGACUUUUAAUAUUAUGGUGAUACAUCAUAUCAAGGCUUUUAAUUGACCCAAAGCAACAUUUUUAUGUUUUUUAAGAAUAAUGCGACAUGAUAAUUUAUUGCAAACUAUUUUGCUCCCUCUUUAGCAAUAGCUUAGGGAUUCAGGGACCCCAGUUUGAGAACCUCUGGUCUAGAGGGCUAUUACAUGCACACACACAAACACAAAUACACGUGACAUGUAUGCUUGUAUAAAGUGACAGAAAGUAUCAGAGGGCAAAAACAAGUGUUUGAAUGGUGAAAAGAGCUAGCGUGAAUGUAGCAUGGAUGAUAAGGAAGCUCAUAUGGACAAAGAAGAUCCAUCGGCAGAAGCGAAAAAGAGUGGAAUGUUUACAAUGACUUUGCUUGUUAAGAGUUUACACGGCUAAUGGACGGAACAGAAGGAAGGCGCUUGUAAAUAGAACCACGCUCAUCCAGAGCGAGAUGAAAACACCCCGCCAAGUGGACUCCACGGGAGGAAUCAAAGUACUUUGCUGUUAUCCUGCACGGUUGCCACAGUAACCGAAUCUAUCCAGAAACAUGGAUGAAGGGGAUUUUUUUUUUUUUUUUUUUUUAGCAUGUGUAGCCACAUGUGGCAACAUCACCUCAUAUGAGGAAUUUCGAACUGUACUGUAAAAAGCCAUACUUGCAUUUGUGUGUUUACAGCCGCCUCACCUGAGAAUUCUAGACAAGUGUUUUGUGAACAACUUGGGGAAACACUGAUCUAGACUCAAUAAGAGCAGCAUAAACCCCAGUGUGAUCUUUUCUCGAGCAGGUAAUGCAUGGGUGGUUCAUUUAACAUAUAAAGCCAGGGGAAUUUUAUGUGCUGAAGACUCAUUAAUGGGAUUUCUGUCCGCACAAAGCUUGGUGACGCCACCCAUACAAUGCCUUAAAAACAAUGAGACCAGUUUUGAUUGCUUUCUAAGAUCAAUCUGCACUCGGGAUUUGGGAUGAAUAAAUUUUCUGAGCUAAGAUAGCAUGUAUGUAAGUGGUCUUAAG